GAGGCUUUAAAAAAAAAAAGAAAGAAAGAACAGAAUUCCUAAGAGAGUAGCCCAAGGACCAAGCCAUUUAAAAGACAUAUCCGGAAUCCACUCAGAGGCCGUUAAGUGGGAACCAUGGGAAUCGGCCUGGCCCAGGGAGAUGCUGGCCUCUUUGAGGCGAGUUGGGGGCAGGGGGCAGCGGGUGGGAGCGGGCCUGCUCUACAAUCUGGGUUCUGCCCUAUGGCGUGUUUUCUUCCAGGACCUUUCCAGAAGUCCCGAAGAAGACAAGGCACCCUGGCCGCCACUGUCCGCGCGGUGCCCACUGCCAGCUUGCGGACACUUCCGAGGGCAGACAGAGCCCGGGCGGUGGCCGCCGCCACGCCCAGCCCACGGGCCAGGCCGCCCCAGCUCACCCCUCGGGCCUCGGCGUGUGCUCAGCCUCACGUCGGGGGUGUGUGUGGCUGCGCGCGCGUGUGUGAGUGUGGUAGGGGGAGGGGGCCCUCCGAGCUGCUCCAUCCGUCCGUUUUAUUAGGGACACAUUAAUCUAUAAUCAAAUACACCUCAUAAAAUUUUUAUUGAAAGGCAUAAUAUCAUUACAGAGGUCUUCCACCUGUUUUAAACAACACGACAAGCUGUGAGAGAGCGUGUGUGUGGGUAUGCGUAGGGAGGGGUGGGUUUGGGUCGGGAGAGAGGCACGGGGAGAAGACCUCCCCUCUGGCGCCAGGGGGGCCGCCUCCGAAGGCCGUCCUGUCUCGGGCCGCACCAGCUCUGCGCUCCCCCCCUCCCCGGGCUACUCUGGGCUCUGCCAAGUGCUGGGUGCGCCCAGCACGCACGGCCGGUAGCUCGGAGCCGAGGCACUGGGGAGGCAGCACCAGCUCGGGACUGCAAGACCGAGUGCGGCCAGAAGUGGGGAACAAAUAGUCCCCAGCGCCUCCUCCGGCCGCGAUCGGGCGUGUGGUCCCAGCCGCCUCUGGGCUGGCCGAGUCAGGCCGGGCUGAGCCCGGCGCACGGGUCGGGACCCGCGGGCUCUAAUUGCCGCGCUUAUGUUGAUGAUUUUUUUUUUUUUUUAAAUCACAGCAGCCCCCAGUUUAGCGGACUGAUUUACUCCCGGUAUUGGUAAAUAUGAUCACGUGGGCCGCGCGACCAAUGGUGGAGGCUGCAGCCUGCGAACUAGUCGGCGGCUCGGGCGCCGGCGGGGAGCGGCGCGGCGGCGGGCAGUGUAACCUUGGGUGGGAGCGCACGGCGCCUCAAAAUGUCCUCCAGUGGCACCCUCAGCAACUACUACGUGGACUCGCUCAUAGGCCAUGAGGGCGAGGAAGUGUUCGCCGCGCGCUUCGGACCUCCAGGGCCUGGCUCGCAGGGCAGGCCCGCAGGUGUGGCCGACAGCCCAGCCGCCGCCGCCGCCGAGUUUGCCUCGUGUAGUUUCGCCCCCAAAUCGGCCGUGUUCUCCGCCUCGUGGUCCGCGGUGCCCGCCCAGGCCCCAGCGGCGGCGGCGAUGAGCGGCCUCUACCACCCAUACGUGCCCCCGCCGCCCCUGGCCGCCGCCGCCUCCGAGCCCGGCCGCUACAUGCGCUCCUGGAUGGAGCCGCUGUCCGGCUUCCCGGGCGGUGCGGGCGGUGGCGGAGGCGACGGUGGCCCGGGCCCCGGUCCCAGCCCUGGCCCCAGCGGUCCACCCAACGGGCGCCACUACGGGAUUAAGCCUGAAAAUGGAGCGGCACCGGCCGCCGCCACCGCCGCCACCACCACCUCCACCUCCACCUCCUCCUCCACUUCCUCGUCUUCCUCCUCCAAACGGACUGAGUGCUCCGCGGCCCGGGAGUCCCAGGGGAGCGGCGGCCCCGAGUUCUCGUGCAACUCGUUCCUACGGGACAAGGCGGCAGCAGUGGCUGGGGGAACCGGGCCCGGGGCGGGGAUCGGGUCUGGGUCCGGGGCAGGCGGCUCAUCGGAGCCCUCGGCUCGCAGCGACCACCCGAGCCCGGGCUGCCCGCUGAAGGAGGAGGAGAAGCAGCAGCCGCAGCCGCCGCAGCAGCAACUUGACCCAAACAACCCCGCAGCAAACUGGAUCCACGCUCGCUCCACCCGGAAAAAGCGCUGUCCCUACACCAAAUACCAGACGCUUGAGCUGGAGAAGGAAUUCCUCUUCAACAUGUACCUCACCCGGGACCGGCGCUAUGAGGUGGCAAGGAUUCUGAACCUCACAGAGAGACAGGUCAAAAUCUGGUUCCAGAAUCGUAGGAUGAAAAUGAAAAAGAUGAGCAAGGAGAAAUGCCCCAAAGGAGACUGACCCGGCGCGGCGCCGGUGGGACCACUCGGCUUUGCAGUGGCAGAGGGUUUUUGUGUGUGUGUGUGUGUGCUUGAUUUCCAGAAGUUCUUCAGCGAUUCGGACAUUUCUCCCCCCCCCGGCCUUUUUUUUUUUUUUUUUUUUUUUUAGGUAGAAGUGACUGUGUGGUUGGUUUCUGUGAGGUAUUUGGGGGACUGUAUUUGCUCGCUUAUGUGUUGGAGAAACCAAGUGGCUUUGGGGUGUUGCCCUAUCCCGCUCCCCUGUUUCCUGUCCCUUUGGUUCCUUAGGAAAUGCUAUAUUUUGUGAGUGCACGCCGGCUUGAGGAGCCCUCUCCUGUGUAAAUGUCCCCUAUGUUUCUGAAAAGUGCUGUAGUUUAGCCCCCAGCGCUGCUCAAGCAGGGGCCAAGCGCACCCCACUUCCGACAGCGAAGGCAGAGCGACGACAAUGAGGAAGCCGGCCUAGGCUGAGCCCCGGCCGUGUUGCCCACCGGUUACGGAAGCCCACUUUCCUCAGGGAGCCCGCGGGCCCUCCACUGAGACCUGGAAUGAGGCCGAGAGAGGAGCCCAGGGCCUCCGGUGGGUCGGGGGUUUCUUCUCAGGGCAUUGGAGGAGCCACUCUCUCCCCGGGAGGGCUUGGCUCCAGUGGGCGGCCGCGGGUGUAGGCCCUCCCGGCUCCUGCCUGAGGACCAGUUGUAAAUGUUACCGCUUCCUACCAAUAAAUGCUGACCUGAUCAAAUGGA